AUGGGUCGUUCGCGUGGUAAGUCGAUCCUCUCCGGUUUGGGGGGAUCGAAGCACAAUGCCACUGCUAAAGAAAAUAAAAAGUCGUCGAGCGACGUGACCCUAGUGGCCAACUUGAGUCCAUUUGAUACACCACACCAGUGGCAAACUCCGCCUACUACCCCGUCUCCUCCGACCGAUACAUCCCCUGGGAGUUCUGGACUACGAGUCGGAAAUGGCUCACGGCCGGCAUCCAUGAUCUUCUCACGCAACCCGCCUCUCAUGCAACAGGCGGUCGAUACCCCGCCGGAGUUGUCGCCAAUCUUUUCAUUCCUUAAUAUCCACUCGAACAAGGUCUACCAGGAAGGUUACUUUUUAAAAUUGAAUGAUCUGGAUUCGCACGGACGGCCUUCUGGGGAUCGGCAAUGGGUGGAAUGCUACGCACAGUUGGUCGGAACUGUUCUUUCACUAUGGGAUGGCGCUGCGCUGGACGCAGCAGGUGGUGAAGAGGUCCCGGCGACCUUUAUUAAUUUGGCUGAUGCGUCGAUCAAGAUGAUUGAGACUCUUCCGAUCCAAAAUGGAGCUACACAACCAUUGAAGAACGUACUUAGCCUGUCUUCUGCGGGCAAAAAUCGAUACCUCUUACAUUUCAAUUCAUUUAACUCGCUGACACAAUGGACUGCGGCGAUUCGUCUCUCGAUGUUCGAACACACGUCUUUAUAUGAAGCGUACACUGGUUCUCUGAUCGCAGCGAGAGGACGAACUCUCAACGGAAUCAACUCGAUUCUGGCGCCCACCAAAUUCAAGUAUGAAGAUUGGGCGCGGGUGCGAUUUGGAGCAGGAACUCCGUGGAGACGGUGCUGGUUUGUGAUCUGUCCGCCAGACGAAAAAGAGCUCCAGAAAGCUCGAAAAGUCAUAAAAAAAUCGGCAUAUGACCGCUUGACAAUGCCAGUUACCGGAAAUAUCAAGUUUUUCGAGACGAAAAAGACGAAAAAGGCGAUUCCCAUUGCAACGGUUACUCAGGUGUACUCGGCAUAUGCUAUUUACCCACAAUCUAAAGCGCUCAUUGAUGCAUCCACCCUGGUGAAAUUGGAAGGACGGAUUACCACCCAUGCGCCUGACUCUUCCUCAGAGGGUCUUGUAUUUAUCAUGCCAGAGCUGCAUCCUGCCGUCUCGGGACUCGAGAUGAUGCUGCGCUUCCUUUUCCCGACAUUCGACACUUUCAAUCUCUAUGGCCGUCCUACUCGCCUGGUGGCAGACACUAAUCACAUUAAGAGCAUCAUGUUUGCCUUCCCUAAGGAGCGACGCUACGGUUAUCUUGAUGUGCUGGACAUUGCCAAUCUUCUCCAAACCCCAGGGAGCCAAGAAUGGAGCGAAGCGGAAUGGAGAAAACAGCUCAAAGAGGCAACCCAGCGCCGGAUAUCAUCUGGCAGGAGCAGAACCAACAGUUUCAACAGCUCAAGACCUCUUUAUCGCUCGGUGUCCAGCCGACACAGUGACGCCCCUAUGGACUCUACUCGCCGCCAGUUUGCCGGUCUGGAGAAGAAUCCGGAAUUCAACCACUCGACCGAGGCUAUUAUUCAUGAAGUCCCCCAAAACGAGGGCUCACCCGUGAUGUAUCACAACCGGGGGGUUACUGAUACCCCGGGCUUAAACAUUGGUUCUCGCCCAGACCAUGGAUCGUUCGUUGAGAGCACACCUGACUCAUCCUCUCCAGAUCUGAUGCGUCGUGGCGUUCCAACGGUCGCUCCGAUCGCCGAGAGUACCAGCUCUGGCAACGACCCGCAUCUCGAUUAUCUUCAAUGCCCGCCAGUCAGAAUGCAGCUUCCCCCCAAAACGCCACCGGCUCCUGUUGAAAAACCACCCGCCUUUUCGCAUGGACCUAAAGAGGUGCCCACCUACCGGCCCGAUCCCUCUUCGGAGCAGAGGUUGGCGAACAACCGGAUGUCUUACGCAACGCUUUCCCAACUCACAUCGGUGGGCACGAUGGGACUGAGCGCGGCAGCCGCCGGUGCUGCAUGGAAAAGCCACCAGGCACAGACUCAGAACCACCAACAGCCCCAGGACAGGAGCUUCAAUACUGUCCCCCCUCCGGUCCCCGUUCUGUCCAUAAACUCUCUUGCAGUUUCAUCAAGUGAUGAAGGCUUGGGCCUUGCACCCCCGGUUCGACCUCCCCCGGUUCCGGAGCAUUGCCCUAACACACCUAGUACUACCGGCAGCCCACAAUGUGUUUCUCCCCAGAACUAUUCCCCUCAACAGAUGCAGAUUGACACCGACAGAUUCGUGCGACGCAAGCCACUCCCUCAACAAAACCUCUUCGGGACGGAGCCACAGUCACCAAGCGAACCGAGUUACGACGAUCUUCGUCACACCCUUGAUGAAGAUGCGUUGAACAAAAUUGCUCCUCAUCUUCCAUCCCCAACUUCUUCUGCUGGAAAAGGUAACGGGAAUGAGGACGAGAGCAACUAUGAUGAUGCAUCGACGGAUUCGCCUGACUAUGCCAGCACCCACGAAUCUGUCUACAGCAAGAAAUCCGUUGCGUCCACCAAACCCAGAAUGGGUGUCAUGAAGACCGUGGGAGUACCAACAGUCAAGGAUUAUGUCAUUGGCGAUGCUCAUUAUACCACGGAUCACGCCUCAACCUCGAAUCCGGAUAUUCCCACUGUUGACUUCGGCCCAACUAUGACCUACAUGCCUACCACCGGGCGACCAACCACCUCCGACACCCUAAGAAGACCUUUGCAUGACCGCAAUGAUUCGUUGGGAACCAAAUUUUCUGUGCCUACUCAAACAAUCGAUCAGGCUAAUGGCCGGCCUUCCAGCGGGGAGGAAUAUCGACGGAGCAUGCUGUGGCAGCCUGGAAUGGCUUCCGGGCGGCCUGUCACCCCAGGUGGAGGUCUUACUCCGGAGCAGUUCGUGCAGCAACGGGCGGCCCCCAGUCCUCCGAUGCAUUUCCACAACCGCAGCCCUUCUAACCCUAUGUCAGUGCAUCGCCCGGUAUCUGGCGACUGGACCCAGCAUGCCCGUCCUAGAUCGCCCACGAAUCCUCAGCGGGAUGCCACAUAUCGACCUUUGUCUCGUGGUGCCCAGGGAAUGCUUACCUACAACGAGGGCUCGGCCAAUCUUUCCGCUCGUGAACAGGAGCACGUUGCCCGCAUGACUGGUUCUUCCUUCUUCAAUAUGUCAAAUGACAACCAGAAACCGCAGGCGCCAGUAAACCCUAUGGGCCUUGUCUCACAUAUUGAUACUAGGGAGCGUGAAAAGCGUGAAAUGAGGGAGGGCAUGUCGAACCAGGCGGUCCAACAGGCCAUUGCGCACCGUCAGCAACACAUGAUGCAGCAACAGUACGCGCCGACAUUCUUGCCGCCAUUCGCUCCUCAACAAAUGCAGUCCCAGCAAGCUGGCUUUGUGUAUCCACCUCAACAUGGUCGCCAUGAGUCCAUGUACAACAUGCCGACUGCCAGUCACACUUGGGAUGCCCUCAACCAGGCGGUGCACCCCGCAGAACCCCGUAGAUCAUCAUGGUACGGGCAACUGGCGCAGGCUCCGCAAACACCGCCUAGCUAUCCGCAACACCAGACCUACGGUCAAGAAUCGAGGUACUACACCCAUGCUAACUAG